AUGACAAUAGAGGAGACCCUCUUAGCUGAACAACCUGUAAAGUUGGUGUCCAGGCUCUACAGAAACCUUCUAGCCAGUGUCCCCCCUCCAUUCCAUACAGCUCAAGCACAAUGGAAAACAAACAUUCCAGAGCUAACCCAGGAUGAUUGGGAUGAGGCCACAGAAACUAUGUACAAAAGUUUGAUAGCAAUGAGGGAUAAAGUGAUACAAAACAAAGUAUUCCACCAGCACUAUACAACCCCACUUAAACUAAAGGCAAUGGAUCAUGGAUGGGAUGAUAAAUUUUGGAAGCAAAUUGGGUUAGAUGAUAUUUGUGAGGGCAACUAUGUAAAAAUAGGAAACCAAGUCAUGUCUCACAGAGCUUCCACAGGGAAUUGUCUAACUGCCACCGCUGCCAAAGACCUUGGCCUUCCAGAAGGACUUCCAGUGGCUGUUUCACUCAUUGAUGCCCAUGCGAGAGGUUUAGUUGUGAUUGGAGCCAGCCUGAAGGAAUAUGGCCUAAAAGGGGACCAUCAUCCAAUCACAUCCAGAUUAGCCCUGAUUUGUGGAACAUCUUUAUGUAAUGGGGUCAAGACUGGAAACAAGACAAGUCCACUCAACAAGGAAAGUGGAAAAUUGAAAGAAGCUUUAGAAGCUAACAUACAGUUGGCAGUUACAGCAAAGCCUCCAGGGAAGCGAAACUAUCAAUCAUCAUUUAGCUUCAUAAAUAUAUUAGCUGUUUUGGAGAUUGAUCAUACUGUACACGGCCACAGUGCUUUUAUUGAAUUAGAAAAUGAAGCUAAAGCCAGGGGCCAACAUAUAUAUACAUACUUAUACAAUCACCUGGAUCAAAUUAAGAAGUCUGGGCCUGUGGGGUUUUUAGCCGUUGAUUUACAUGUUUGGCCAGAUUUCCAUGGAAACUCUCCCUUGGCAGAUCUCACAAUGAAAGGCAUGGUUGUUGGACUAACUUUGUCUAAAAUCUUGGAUGAUCUGGCUAUUCUUUACUUGGCCACAAUACAAGCCAUUGCAUUGGGAACAAGGCACAUCCUGGAAACAAUGCAGACUGCAGGUCAUCACAUCAGCACAUUGCAUCUUAGUGGUGGACUAAGUAAGAACCCCCUCUUUGUACAGAUGCAUUACGGGGGAUCUGAUGUGUAA